GUGCCGUCCAGGAGCGAGCGAUGAGCGAGCACAUCCACAGGGAUGCUGGGGGCGCCACAUUUCCUCUAACUUCGUACCCUCUCUUAUGUCACAGAAUAGCAAAUUAGUUCUCAGAAUUUGUGGGCCGUCCUUCCAAGUUGAAAGCCUACGUCAGAGCCAAAGACACACCACGUGACCCGUCCAGCCGGGUGAAACCAACACGUUCAGGGGGCUCCAGAAAUCCUAAAUCCCAUUUACCUGGAGCAGGCCCUAAACUAACAUGCACACUUGGAAAAGGCAUUUUUUCUGUUCCCGGGGAAGGUGUCGGGGAAGACACCCGGAGCUUUCUGACGACGGCGAUGGAGUGGAGAAAAGUGAAAGGGGUUGGCUGGAGGACACUCGGUCCUCCCCUGCCUGAAUAUAAUGCCAUCAAAGAGAAAUUUGAAUUGUGAAGUGAGAUUUGGGGAUUGGGGCAAAAUGACAUCGGCAACUGACAGCUGUAUUCAGUUCACUCGACAUGCCAGUGACGUUCUCCUGAAUCUGAACCGUCUCCGAAGUAGGGACAUUCUGACAGAUGUGAUAAUUGUUGUGAACAGGGAGCACUUUCGAGCCCACAAGACAGUCCUCAUGGCUUGCAGUGGGCUGUUUUAUACAAUCUUCACUGACCAGAUGAAGUGCAACAUGAACAUCAUAAACCUUGAUCCAGAAAUCAGCGCAGAGGGGUUUCGAGUCCUGCUGGAGUUUAUGUACACUUCUCGGCUUAGUUUGAGAGAGAGCAGCAUCAUGGCAGUUAUGAGCACUGCACUUUACCUACAAAUGGAACAUGUUGUAGACACCUGUCAAAGGUUCCUCAAGUCCAGUGAGGAUAUUGUGAGUUCUGUGAAGCCAUCCAGAGAAGAUUUCUUGCAAGGCAGAACGAUGUUGCCUCCAGAUGUUAUGGCCUACAGAAACUGUGAGAUGCCAGAAAAUACUGUAUCUGUUCGUAACACGGCCAUCUGUGAUGGAAGGUCCUACAUUCCCAACAUUUACAGUGGAUCUCCAUCCUCCUACCCUCUAUAUAGUCACAUUCCAGUGCACGGGUUCCUAUUUCCAGAGGAUGAGGCAAGAGAUGUGCAAAUGGCUGAAAUGCAGAGAACCAGCAGGUAUCCCAAAGAAAGUGUGUUACCUGGAGAAAAUUCAAGGACUGUACUAGGAGAACACAGGAAAGGUGUCUUGGAUAUAUCUGUAAAUAUGUGCCACAAUGUCUACUCUCCAAAGGAGGCAGCAUUAGAAGACGCUCAUAGUGACUCUCACUAUAAUGUCCUGGCAGCCUCUCGGUCUGCUGGUCCCUCUGUUAGAAGCAGUCCAUACUACAGCUGUGACAAAGGGAAAGAUGAAGAGCGGACAUUCUCAGAGGAUGAAAUCACUCAGCACUUUAAACCAACAAACUCUCCUGGCAGUCGUAAGGGUCUUGUAAGUCCUCAAAGCCCUCAGAAGUCAGAUUGCCAGCCUAAUUCUCCUACAGAAUCCAGCAGCAGUAAGAAUGCCCGCAUUUCACAGGGAUCUGGUUCUCCAGUGUCUAAAUCAGUCACUGACCCGAAAGCUUGCAACUGGAAAAAAUACAAGUUGCUUAAUUCCCUCAACCAGAAUGAAAAAGAAGGUUGUGCCACUCAAAGUGAAAUGGGAAACCUGUCUCCACAGUUCUACACAUCUCAAUCAUCCUAUCAGCAGCCAGUCAAGUCUGAAAACCUGGACAUUCAGACAUCAUCUAAGCUUAAUGGGAACACUGAUGACUCGGCAGUACCGCAGGCUAGCAAACUCAACAGCAUUGUUAACAGGGCAAUGGAAGGGUCACCCCUAAGCAGUGAAGGCCAUUCCCCUCUCUACAUCCACACAUCUAAGUUCAGCAUGUUUUCAUCACAGUCCCCUCCUGAAAUGUGUCCUCACACCCCUGGCUCUAACUUCGGAGAAGAGAUUGCUGAGACUCGGUCGGAAUAUUCAGAUUCAAGCUGUGAAAAUGGUACAUUCUUCUGCAAUGAAUGUGACUCUCGUUUCUCUGAAGAGGGUUCCUUGAAAAGACACACUCUACAAAUGCACAGUGACAAGCCCUACAAGUGUGACCGCUGCCAAGCAUCAUUCCGCUACAAGGGAAACCUGGCCAGCCAUAAGACGGUUCAUACCGGUGAGAAACCAUAUCGCUGUAGUAUCUGUGGUGCACAGUUUAACCGACCUGCAAACCUGAAGACCCACACAAGAAUUCAUUCUGGGGAAAAACCAUACAAGUGUGAGACCUGCGGAGCCCGCUUUGUACAGGUUGCCCAUCUUCGUGCACACGUGUUGAUUCAUACUGGAGAAAAGCCCUACCCAUGUGAGAUCUGCGGCACUAGAUUCAGACACUUGCAGACAUUAAAGAGCCAUCUUCGUAUUCAUACUGGAGAGAAGCCCUACCAUUGUGAAAAGUGCAACCUCCAUUUCCGCCACAAGAGCCAACUGAGGCUUCAUUUACGUCAAAAACAUGGAGCAAUCACCAACACAAAAGUCCAGUAUCGCGUGUCCUCAACAGAGCUUCCGGUGGAUCUUCCCAAGUCUUGCUGAGCCCUGCCCACACCGAUUUCUGGAGUGCCUCUCUUUGACCUGUUAGUGCAGAUGGGUGAAACAAAACGGGUUUAGCUAUUUUUAUUUUUGUCCUGGUUAUGUGAAAUGUGCACCCUUUAGUGUAAAAAAACAACUAAUAUAUAUAAAUAUAUAUAAA